ACAUUCUCACCCCUCAUCUAAUUUGUGUUAGCACAUUACACCAAAAGCCAUUUGGUUGUGACUCACAUAUUUCACGUUAGAAACCAAAAUAAAUUGUGCCGAAACCCUAAAAGGAAUCAGCUUUUGAAGUGUAGAUAACUAGGUUUCCGACGUGAAAGAAUGAAGAAUGAUUUACGUUAUUGUGCUUUUGCUUAUGUUUUUUUCCACAAUCUUUGGAGUGGACAGUCUAAUGCAGUAGAGAGAAAUGGUUCCAAUUCUGGUGCAGGUAUAUCCUACAACGGUGAGGAGCACAGGUUUUGGAAUCGCGAGCUCGGUGGGAAGGAUAGGAGGGAUAGUGUGUCCUAUAGUUGCAGUUGGGCUGAUACACGGGUGCCAUCAAACACUGGCCAUUUGGCUCUUUGAGUUUGUCAUCUUCGUAUCCGGCGUUUGUGCUAUCCUUUUUCCCUUUGAGACGAAGGGUCGUGGCCUAAACGACAAGUUACCCUCCACAAACGUCGAGAAUGCAGUUGAGAUCAAGUAAUGUAUUUCGGGAUAUACCACCAAACACAUUCAUAUAUCUCUUGUUAUGUACAUGUAUCUUGUAUAGUCUUUAUUGGUAGCGGCUGCCCAUUUAGUAUUGUAUAAACAGUCUUGAAGCCAAUUUGCUACCUUCGUAAUAAUGUGCUAAGACUCUUGUAACUUUAGAUCUCCGGGAUAAAACCAUUCAAAUGGUACUCUAGUCGUCCCGAAAUCAACUUCACCAUUGUUUUUCAGUCUCAAAUGUUCAUUUUUAUAAUUUUACUAAUAAUUAUGGAGUAUGAUAGAAUAAUAUUUAGGAAUUUUG